UUCGCGCUGCUGGAGGACGAGCGGGAGGCGGUGUGCCGGGGCCUGGCCGCCCGGCACCUGCCCGCCUGGGUUCACUUCCCUGAUGUUGAACGAGUGGAGUGGCUGAACAAGGUCCUUGUACAGGCUUGGCCAUACUUUGGAACAAUCAUGGAAAAAACAUUUAAAGAAGUUCUUGAACCAAAAAUCAGAGCAAAGAGUGUACAUCUGAAAACAUGCACCUUUACCAAGAUCCACUUUGGCGAGAAGUGCCCUAGAAUUAAUGGAAUAAAAGCCUACACCAAAGAAAUUGAUAGAAGACAAGUUACCCUGGACCUGCAGAUCUGUUACAUAGGGGACUGUGAGAUUCACAUGGACAUAUCGAAAUUUAAUCUUGGCGUGAAAGGUGUACAGCUGUAUGGGACAUUGCGGGUGAUCCUGGAACCUCUCCUGACCGAUGCACCCUUUGUUGGAGCAGUGACCUUGUUUUUCAUGCAGAAACCGCAUUUGGAAAUCAACUGGGCAGGCAUGAGCAACCUUCUGGAUGUCCCAGGAAUUAAUGUAGUGUCAGACUCAUUAAUUCAAGACUUCAUUGCUGCACGGCUGGUUCUACCCAACAGAAUCACAGUGCCUCUGAAAAAGAACAUGAACAUUGCCCACUUGAGGUUCCCCAUCCCCCAGGGAGUAAUAAGGGUUCAUCUGUUAGAAGCUGAAAACCUUGUCCAGAAAGACAAUUUCCUUGGUGCCAUCAGGGGGAAGUCUGAUCCGUACGCUCUCCUCCGCGUUGGCACCGUGCAGUAUCGAAGCAAGACAAUUUCCAGGGAUCUUAAUCCCAUUUGGAAUGAGACAUUUGAGUUUGUUGUUCAUGAAGUGCCUGGUCAGGACUUAGAAGUGGAUUUGUACGAUGAAGAUCCAGAUAAAGAUGACUUUAUGGGCAGCUUGCUGAUAAGCCUAGUGGAUGUAAUGAAUGACAGAACUGUUGAUGAGUGGUUUCCCUUGAGUAAGACGACAAGCGGACACUUGCAUUUAAAACUGGAGUGGCUUUCACUAGUAAACGACCAAGAAAAGCUGCAUGAGGAUAAGAAGGGACUGUCUACAGCCAUUCUGAUUGUCUACUUGGACAGUGCCUUCAACCUCCCUAAAAACCACUUUGAGUAUUCAAAUGGUGAAUGUGGAACAAAGAAGAUCAAAAACAACAAGUACCUCAAGAAGAUGGAACGAGAACCUUCCUCCUUUGUCCUGCUCACAGUUGGGAACAAGACUCAGAAGAGUAAGACCUGCAAUUUCAGCAAAGAUCCCACGUGGGGCCAGGCUUUCACCUUCUUUGUCCACAGUGCUCAUUCCCAGUCACUCCACAUUGAGAUAAAAGACAAGGAGCGGGAUAGUGCCCUGGGAACUUCAGUGGUGUGUCUCUCCCACUUACUGAAGGACCCAAACAUGACUCUGGAUCAGAGAUUCCAGCUGGACCAUUCCAGUUCAGACAGCUUCAUUAAGAUGAAACUUGUACUGCGGGCACUGAAUGUUGAAGAACCUGAUCCACAAAGAGUCAAGGCUAGUGUCAAUGCCUCGAAGCUAGGUCCCGUGCGUGUCACAGAGAAGGCUGGAAACCUGCAGAAGUUUUCCUCUCCACAAGUCUCAAAAGUACCUCCCAUGAGCAAAGACUCUGCAGCACCUGAAUCUCUGCCAAAAAAGGACAGUGGUGAAGAAGACCUGGACACUAAAGACAGUUCAGGAGCCCCUGUACCAAGUGAAACUGUGUCUGGCCUUGAUGAAGCAGAGGGCAAGCAAAACCCAGAGCAUGGCCCACCAUCAGCAUUGCCCAGCGGAGCAGUGGCCAUGCCCACGCUGCCCGUCCUGCAGGAAAUGAGGGUGGCACCCAGUGUCACUUCACUGGGGUCCCUGCCUUCUUCCUGCUUUGAAUUAAGUAGCAGCAACCUGGACAUUCAUAAUGGGACUGAGAUGCCUCUGGGGGAGAUCCAGCUGACCGUGCGCUACGCUUCCAUCCGGCAGAGCCUCGUUGUGCUGGUCAAUGGCUGCAGAAACUUGGUACCCUCUUCCAAUCGUGGGGUUGAUCCAUAUGUCCGUAUAUACCUGCUUCCAGACAGAAGAUGGACAAGCAGGAAGAAGACUUCUGUUAAGAAAAAAACUCUGAACCCCCAAUAUGAUGAGAAGUUUGAAUUUUUUGAAUCUUUGGAAAACGUCAAGAAAAGGACACUGGACAUUGCAGUGAAAAACAGCAGGCCAUUCAUUUCACAGGAGAGGAAGGAGCUGGGGAAAGUGCGCAUUGACUUGUCCCGGGAGGAUUUAAUAAAAGGUUUUGCCCAAUGGUAA